AUGAAAAAAUUGGUGGUAGCAUAAAAGUCCAUAGGAUUUAUUCGAUCAAUUAGAGAAAUCUUUGAUGAAGAAUAUAAUGAACAUGCUUAAGAAUAUGAUGAAAUAUUAUAGAGUUUAAAAGGAAAAUAAUAGUAGUUUACGGAUAGUAAUUUUCCUCCUUAGAGCAGUUCAUUAAGUUUAUAAGAAUUACCAAGGAGUAAAAAAAUAAAAAAAAGUAGGUUGGAAAAAUUUGAGUUGGAAAAGAGCAAAUGAGAUUUUCGAAGAUUGUGAAAUAUACAAUGGAUUUAUAUAGCCAUCAGACAUAAAACAAGGAAUAUUGGGAGAUUGUUAUUUUUUAUGUGCCCUUAGUGUGAUAGCAGAGAAAUGCGAAUUAGUAAAGCGUCUAUUUCAUAACAAUGAAGUGAAUGAUUAUGGAUUAUAUGCAGUAUGGUUAAAUAUAAAUGGAGAAUGGACAUCUAUAGUAGUUGAUGAUUAUUUUCCAUGUAUAGAUAAUUAACCAGCCUUUAGUAGAGCAAAUGGAUUAUGGGUAAUGCUAUUAGAGAAGGCAUAUGCAAAAGUUUAUGGAUCAUAUUUGAAUAUAGAAGGAGGUAAUCCAGCAAUAGCAAUGCGAGAUUUAACAGGAGCACCAUAUGAAAAUAAAGAAAAUGGUUCAGCCUAAGAAUUUUGGGAUUAUUGUGAAUAAAACCAUGAAUAAGGAUUUUUAUUAACAGCAUAUACAAAAGAAGCAGAAUUAGUUAAUCAUGAAAAUGAAUUAGGAUUGUUAGCAGGACAUGCAUAUGCAAUAUUAAAAUUGGCUAAUGUAUAAGAUUCUAAUAAUAAAAUAUGUAGAAUAAUGUAAAUGAGAAAUGUAAUUUUAAACAUAUAUUAUUUAUUAUAGCCAUGGGGAAGAGUAGAAUGGAAAGGGGAUUGGUGUGAUAAUAGUAAAAAGUGGACAGAAUAAACAAAAUAAUAAUAUAGUGUAGAGGAUAAUGAUGAUGGUAUUUUUUGGAUGUCAAUCGAAGAUUUUAGAACAUUUUUUGCAGGUAUUGGAGUUUGCAAAAUAUAAAAUGAUUAUAUUUAUAAUAGUAUUCAAUGUUAGUUGAAUGAAAAUAAUUGCUGCAUAAUACAUUUGGAUAUGGUAGAAGAUUCUCAUAUUUAUAUUUCAUUCAAUUAAAAUGAUAAUAGAUUUCAUCUUAAUUAAAUACCUGAUUAUAGAUAUUCCUUUGUCAGAAUCAUUGUAUCAUAAUUAAUUAAUGAUUCACUCAAGUAUAUUUCAGGCAUUUAUAGAGCUGAUAGAAAUGUUGUAGUUGAUCAAAAUUUAAAAAAAGGUUAAUAUUUAAUUUUUAUUGAAUUAUAAUGGCAAUAUUCAUAAAUCUAAAUCAUUAGCACUUUAAGUACUUAUGCAAGCAAAAAAGCAAAACUUAAACGCAUUAAUGGUUUGGAUUAUUUAAAUUCUAUCAGAAAUAUCAUUAAAGAUUAUUCUGAUAAUAAUCCUAAUAAACUUAAAGAAAUUAAUUAUUUAGAUCAAUACAAUAAAAAUAUAUUUAAAAGAAUUGGAAUCAUUGAUGGAUAUUUAUUCCUUCAUUACCAAAAUCAAACAUUUGAUAGUAUUUUAUAAGAAGUUAUUAAUUUUACUGAUACUAUUGGUUAUAUUCCAAUAUCACCUUUAGAGUCAAAUAAUUUUAUAAAUGAUGGAUAAUUAAAAAUUUAAUUUACAUCACCUCCUUAAUCUGUUGUCAUCAUAUUGCUAUCUUAAGUAAAAUUCUUUAAUGAAAUUAGGUUAGAAGUUCUAUUGGGAAAUGUUAAUAUACUUAACAAUCAUAAAGUUAGAUAGUGUGUAUUCCACAAAAACAUGAUUAAUAUGAUAAUAACAAAUUCAUUCUAAAACAAUUGAAUCUUUCUUAGAUGCAAUUAGUAGGAAGACAUAAAUUGAAUGUUAAAUAUUAUUAAGCACAUUUAAAUUCUAAAACUAAGAAUUCAAACUUAAUAAAAAUUUUUCAACCUUAACCAGAAAAUAUAGAAGUAUCUAAUUUAGAAACUUCACUGUUUUAUUACUUUCAUGAUUUUCUUUCAGGUAUUUAAUUCUUUAUUUCUAGAAAAUUGGGAACCUUUUAUAUUUUACACAAUACUUCUAAAUUUGUUAUUAAUCAUUAUCUUAAAUAAUCAUAGAACUCAUCUUGCUUAAGUAAUCAAAUAUAAAUAUUCUAGAUUACCAAUUUAUUAAUAUUCAUUUGUUAAAUUUUUGAUGGUCAAAAAUUAAAAAAAUCUAUUAUACGUACAAUAUCCAAAGCAUAAUUUAUUUUCAUAUUUUUAGAGAUUUUAAUUCGAUUGUUGGGUUUUGAAUCAUUAUAUUUUGCACUACCUUCAAGUCAAUUGAGUCUUUUUUAUAAGUUUUUACUUAUUAUUACUAUUCUACUUAAUUUCUUACUUUUUGUGUGUAUACUCAAAUUCCUUAUUCAUUAUGAGACUAUUGAAACUGAAAUUUUCAAUCCAAUGAAAAUAAGGUACAAAAUAUAUCCUUAUUUAGAUUUAAUAAUUAUUUUAAUAAAUUGCCAUCAGUAUGA